AUGGAUGCUUUUCGCAAAUUAGACGUUGAUGACAAGGGCUAUCUCGAUGAAUCAACAGCUAUCAAGGCGACUCAGCAGUCGGAACGUCAGCCAUACGAUGUGGUGAGACAGGCGCUGAAGGAGGUGGAGCUGGAUAGCUCCCGCCGUGUCGAAUUCGAGGAUUAUGUCGAUCUCAUCUCCAAAGUGCGAGAUGCACCGGCCACGGUCCCAAAUCCGGUGCAGGCAGCCAGUCCCGCCGCUGCCCCAGGCCAUGGCGUUGGUUCUUCUCGUCAUGUGUCGAAAGCAAGUAUCGGGGGCAAAAUACACGUUCAAGGCUCGUCAGCAAACGUGACUCACACGAUCAACGAAGAUGAACGGACCGAAUUUACAAGGCAUAUCAACGCUGUGUUGGCUGGAGACCGAGACAUUGGCGACCUUCUCCCCUUUCCAACCGACACCUUUGAGAUGUUUGAUAAAUGCAAGGAUGGUCUAGUUCUGGCAAAACUCAUCAAUGACAGUGUACCAGAUACUAUUGAUGAACGUGUUUUAAACAAAGCAGGCACCAAAAUUAAGCAGCUGAACGCCUUCCACAUGACAGAGAACAAUAACAUCGUCAUCAACUCUGCAAAAGGCAUUGGUUGUUCGGUUGUGAACAUUGGAAGUGGUGAUAUUAUUGAGGUCCGAGAGCAUCUGAUUUUGGGGCUCAUUUGGCAGAUUAUUCGUCGUGGUCUUUUGGGGAAAAUUGAUAUCAAACUGCACCCUGAACUAUAUCGUUUACUUGAGGAGGAUGAGACCUUGGAACAAUUCUUGCGUUUGCCUCCUGAGCAAAUUCUUUUGCGGUGGUUCAACUAUCACCUGAAAAACGCAAAAUGGGAACGAAGGGUCUCAAAUUUCUCUACCGAUGUUAAGGACGGAGAAAACUACACCGUGCUACUCAACCAACUCGCCCCCGAAACAUGUUCUCGAGGGCCAUUGCAGACAAGAGAUCUUCUUCAACGCGCCGAAGAAGUCCUGUCAAACGCGGAGAAGCUGGAUUGUCGCAAGUUCCUGACCCCAACAUCCCUUGUUGCUGGAAACCCGAAACUGAACCUUGCCUUUGUUGCGAACCUCUUCAACACCCAUCCUGGCCUUGACCCAAUCACAGAAGAAGAGAAACUAGAGGUCGAAGACUUUGACGCCGAAGGCGAAAGAGAGGCUCGCGUAUUCACUCUAUGGCUAAACUCCUUGGAUGUGCAGCCUGCCGUUAACUCUCUCUUCGAUGAUCUGCGAGAUGGCACGAUUCUUCUUCAAGCCUACGACAAGGUUAUCCCUGGUAGUGUCAACUGGAGACAUGUCAACAAAGCCCCAGCAUCUGGAGGAGAGAUGCUCCGCUUCAAAGCAGUGGAAAAUACAAACUACGCAAUCGAGCUUGGAAAGCAAAAUCGCUUCUCCUUGGUGGGUGUUCAAGGCGCUGACAUCACGGAUGGUCAACGAACCUUGACCUUGGGGUUGGUCUGGCAGCUCAUGCGCAAAGAUAUCACAAACACUCUAUCCUCGCUAGCGCAACGGUUAGGUAAACGCGAAAUCACCGAUGCGGAAAUGAUUCGGUGGGCCAACGAAAUGUCGCAAAAGGGUGGACGUAAAUCCACAAUCCGCAGCUUCAAGGAUGGAUCUAUAGGCACUGGUGUAUUCCUUCUGGAUGUCUUGAGCGGCAUGAAGAGCAGCUACGUCGAUUACGACCUGGUCACUCCGGGUCAUACCCCGGAAGAUGCGUACGCAAAUGCCAAAUUAAGUAUCAGUAUCGCGAGAAAGAUGGGCGCCACCAUAUGGCUAGUGCCGGAGGAUAUUUGUCAAGUUAGAUCCCGACUUGUAACAACUUUCAUUGGCUCGUUGAUGGCUACCUUUGAGAAGAUGUGA